AAGUUUUAAGCUAGACUAGAUUUGAAGGAAAACAAUUCAGAGGUGGUGGUUUAUUUAACACGUAAAUAUGUUUAAAGCAACAAACGGAUCAAAUUUGUAUUUCUAAUUGUGUGUUUGUCGUGCAAAAUUGGUAAAUUCGAUACGAAUAUAAUAAGACGCUCUGACCAGUCAUUCGAUUUCGUAACUUGUGUUUAUGGUCAGAAUGGUUAGAAUUCGAUAUAAUCCUUCCAAAGACAUUGUCUGAUUAAAAAUCAAUUUAGAUACAAGGAUGGAAGAACAGAAAAUGAAAGUGCAUGUUGUUGCUAUUUUAUUGUUAUAAAAAUUGGAUUAGGCCUAACGUCGUCGUUGAGAGCCGAGGGAUAGUAUAAAUGUGGAGAACAUUUAUGUUUAAGCCACAAGUCAACGAACAAUUGGGAAUGAAGUUGUCAACGUACCUGAUUUUAGUGCAUAUGCUUGUUUCCGGCAGAGUUUGGGCGUCUGACUGGGGAUACACGGAGGAAAAUGGGCCCCAUACCUGGCAAAAUAAUUAUCCGAUCGCCGUGAAGGGCCGCCGUCAAUCACCGAUCAAUAUCGUUUCGCGAAAUGCGAAGUACGACUCUGAUCUCACCUUCCUUAGCAUCGCCUACACACCGGAAGACUAUGUUGAGCUGAAGAAUAACGGACACAGCAUUGAGUGUCAGAUCACCAAGACCGGGUAUUUGACUGGUGGUCCCCUUGGCAACCAAGAAUUCAAGUUGGCACAGUUCCAUCUGCACUGGGGAGCAGACGACACACGGGGAUCGGAGCAUACGAUUGACGGAAAGCAGUUCGCCGCAGAGCUUCACCUCGUCCACUGGAACACUAAGUAUGACAGCUUCGCGGAGGCUGCGAACAUGAGCGACGGACUCGCCGUUCUCGGCAUUAUGAUCCAGUCUGGCGAGGAGCAUCCCUUCUUCUCCGUCGUGUCGGACAACGUAUACGGUUUGAUUCAACCCGGUAGCAUGGUGACCAUCCCCAGCUCCCUCGACCCUAUCGACCUGUUGCCAGCCAACAUCGACGACUACUGGACGUACGAGGGCUCUCUCACAACACCGCCCCUCUAUGAAAGUGUCCAGUGGAUUGUCUUCAAAGAAGCCGUGGCGUUCUCUUCCAAUCAGCUGGACGCUCUUCGGAGUCUCAUUGAUUCAGACGGCAACCCCAUGCAGGACAACUUCCGGCCUCCCCAACCACUUAAAGGGAGACACGUCAGGGCCUCCUUUCAAUGAAACAACGUGUAUUAAUUUGACGCAUACAUACGUUUAGAUUACACAUUAUAAUAUUUUAUUCAUCUUUUAACAACAUUAGUCUUAUUAUACAACGAAGCUCAUAGUGAUGCAAUGCAACUAUUUGUUCAACAAUGUUUGUUAACUACCCAAAUUGAGUGUCAUUGUAAAUUUUAGAAAGCAUUUUUUUGUUAACACGUAUUGUUUGUAGUAUUAUAAAAACGUGUGUUCGAUGAAGAAUAGAUAUUGUUGAAUUCA